CGUCAUCUCUAUGCGAGGGGCGGAGACAGGAGACAGCGCGCCAGUUUGGAAGAGGAGUGGGAGGCUUAGCAUCACGCACGCUGAACAUAUUUCCUGGUAGUGAGGUUUAUACACAGUAGUAAUUGGUCUAGAAACCUCUCCUGAUGAGUCGUUCCCAGGAAGAAUUGGAGGCUACUCUCCAGAUCGCUAAAGUGAAUCCAGAAGACCUGCGCAGCACAGUUCAUUGCCUCUCGUUCAGCAGUGAGUUCACCUCUGGGGAUUACAGCCUGAUGGAGUUGGAUGAUACGCUCUGCAAGCAAAUUGAAGCUGGAGACAGUCUUGUAAUUCGGGGAGAUAAAAGUGAUCACGCUGUACUGUGUAGCCAAGACAAAACCUAUGACCUGAAAAUUGCUGAUACCUCCAACUUACUCCUGUUUAUCCCUGGCUGCAAACUCCCCGACCAACUCCCUGCUGACCAGCAGCCGCUCUCUGUAAUUCAUUGUGAGAUUGCUGGGUUCUCUAACCACUACUGGGAAUUGAGAAGGUGCCGACCCAAGCUCAAGAAACUGAAGAAGCUCCUAAUGGAAAACACGUACAAUGGACCUGAAAAUGAGAGCGAAAGCAGCCAAGAGACCUCCCUGUACACAACAGAGGACCUUCUAAGUGUGAUUCAAUCAAGCACUGAGGAACUCAUGGACCACCUAAAAGCAAUCCAUGCAUGUAAUAUUAAAGGUAUCUGGAGACUUCUUGAUUUUGACUAUGAAAUGAAACUUUUGAAUCACAUUACUCAACUGAUUGAUUCUGAAUCCUGGUCCUUCAGCAAAGUUCCCCUGCAAGUGUGUCUUCAGGAACUGCGAUCUCUGGAACCAGAGGAAAUGAUCGAGCACUGUCUGACUUGCUAUGGGAAAAGGUUAAUGGAGGAGGGAGGAGACUGUUUUGCUCUAGACGAGGACAAGAUCUGCAGAGCCACGGCCCUUAUGCUUCUGCAGAAUGCAGUGAAGUUUAAUCUGGCAGAGUUUCAGGAAGUGUGGCAGCAAAGUGUUCCAGAUGGCAUGAACACCAGGUUGGACCAGCUAAAGGGCUUAGCUUUGGUUGACCGAACAUCGAGGCCCGAGACCAUCUUUUUACUGCAAACUGAAGACUUACCUGAAGAUACUCAGGAGAGGUUCAAUACUUUGUUUGGAAUGCGGGAAAAAUGGACAGAAGCAGAUAUUGCUCCAUAUAUCCAGGAUCUAUGUGGGGAGAAGCAAACCAUCGGAGCGCUACUCACGAAAUACGCACGGUCUUCUAUGCAGAAUGGAAUUAAGCUCUUUAAUUCUCGGAGGCCCCUUUCCUAAUUGAAUAGCCUUAUCCUUACUGAAUUGUACACUAUUUGUAUCCAUAGGCUUUUUAUAUAUAAAGUAUGUAACUGUU